AUGAAGGACCUUGGCUCAUGUUCUCAUUUCCUGGGCAUCACAACGACCUUCACUUCAGCUGGUGUUUUUCUUAGUCAGGCUACUUAUGCCAAUACUUUAUUACACCGAGCUGGGAUGCUGACUUGCAAGCCAGCCUCUUCCCCAUUGCCACUUAAACUUGGAGCCUCCUGUCCGAAUGAUGCCUUGUUUACUUCACCUGAAUUGUAUCGAAGCUUGGCAGGUUCCCUUCAAUAUUUAACGGAUACACGUCCUGACAUUUCCUAUGUCGUUAAUUACCUCUGCCAAUUCAUGCAUUCUCCAAAGAUCUGUCAUUUUCAGCUGCUAAAGAGAGUUCUUCAUUACAUUAAAGGGACCUUGAAUCAUUCUCUUCAUUUUAAGUUAGGACCUCUCAUUCUCUCCGCAUUUUGUGACUCAGACUGGGUUGGCGACUCACUUGAUCGUCGCUCUACUUCUGGUUUUUGUGUCUUUUUGGGUUCCAAUUUGAUUUCUUGGUGUGCCAAGAAGCAGCCGACUGUUGCUCGCUCUUCUACUGAAGCUGAGUACAGGGCCUUGGCUAUCACAGCUUCUGAGUUGAUCUGGCUGCGUCGACUACUUCGUGAGCUUGAUAUUUCAGUUGAUUCACCCACUGAUAUCUACUGUGACAACAUUUCGGCCAUUGCUCUUACUUCAAAUCCCGUCUUCCAUGCACGAACGAAGCAUAUAGAGGUGGACUAUCAUUUUAUCAGGGAGAAGGUGCUUUCCAAAGAGCUUCAUAUUGCUCAUGUAUCUAGUGCUGAUCAACCUGCUGAUAUCUUCACAAAAUCACUCACUGCUAGAAGACAUUCUCUCCUCUAUUCCAAGCUGAAGGUCUCUUCCCUACCUUCAGCUUGA